AUGUCAAACAGACUUGAUCAGCAAGCAGAUGCGCAUGACGAAGGGGUUGCUGGAUCUUCUAGGAUGAUACCAAUCUUAGGACCACCUAUCGACCAACCUGUCAUCUCGCCAAGACGUCUUUCAAGGGAUGAAGCUUUGGGAAAUGGUCCAUCUGUAAGAGACAGACUGUCUGAGGGUCUCGAAGCAGGUCCGCGUGACAGAAAAUCGGAGCAGCCAGUAUCAUCGAACAAGCAGGAUGAUUUAGAAGUUCGGUCGGACAAGGGUAACAAUGGUGCGCCCCAGCAACGUUUUCUUGUCAUGGCUGAAAAGCAGUCUUCCACGUCCCAUCUACCUUCAGCCAAUGGUAUAUCUCCCCGGCGAUCUCCCACAAUCGAUCAUGUCAGCCGAUCAAAUCCCGAAACCCAUGAAUUGCAACCUCUCCCAUCGAACCAUGACAUCGCAAUUUCCCAAUCGAACGAUGCCAACGCCCUACUCAACUUACCUCCGCCGCUACCAUUCCAUCUCUCUGUGGAAGGUCUGAAGAUAGGUGUACCAGAUAAGAAAGUCAUCCCAUGGAUACCGAGUUUCUUCCGCCAGAAACGGCCUGCCGCGAUAGGUGAAGAUAAACCGAAGAAGAAGUGGAUCCUGAAAGAUGUAGGAUGUGAAUGUCGUAGUGGGGAAGUCUUAGCUAUUCUCGGCGGAUCCGGGUCAGGAAAGACCACAUUACUCAACGCAAUCGCCCAUCGACUAUCUGGCUUACCAACUGAAUCCGGUCAAGUAGCUUACUACGCCGCUAACUCCCAAAUAUCAACUUCCCAGACGGCUGUCAGGGGUCAGAAGCUGGGUAAGAGUGAAGUGAAAAGGCGAAUAGGUUUUGUACGACAACAGGAUUACCUAGUAGAGUGUUUGACUGUGCGGGAAACUUUAACAUAUGCUGCAAAAUUGCGAUUGCCGACUUCACUCUCGGACGAAGCUAUAACCCACAUUGUGGAUCAGACGAUAGACGAGCUUGGAUUGAGAGAUGCCGCUGAUACUGUCGUUGGAGGACCUUUGAGGAAAGGUAUCUCAGGUGGAGAAAAACGACGACUGUCAAUUGGAUGUGUAUUGGUCACAUUACCUAGUGUACUGAUACUUGAUGAACCCACCUCAGGUCUAGAUGCCUUCACAUCCUAUCUCCUCCUUCUCACGCUCUCACACCUUGCUCGUCGAGGACGAACAGUCAUUCUAUCCAUACACGCACCUCGAUCAGACGCAUUUGAUAUAUUCGAUCGGAUAGCGUUAUUAUCGAAAGGUGAAAUAGUAUAUUCCGGGUUGAGGAGCGAUUGUCUGGGAUGGUUUGGAAGUUUAGGAGAACAUGUGGAGAAGGGUGUAAAUCCGUUAGAUUUCCUAAUUGAUGUAUCCACCAUUGACAACCGUACCCCCGAAGCUGAAGAAACCUCUCGAUCCCGCGUAUCUACUCUAGUGAACGCUUGGAAAUCUAGAUCACCGAAUCAUUUCGAAAAUAGAUUGUCUAAAAGCUCGAUUGACUCCUCAAUAUCCGAAGUUCGACAUUCUCAAUUUAACGAGAUUGUAGAGAGUACUGGAAUUGAGAAUGGUGGAUCAUCCUUGGAUGCAAGAGACGAGAAAAGACCUGGAUUAUGGAAGCAAACUGUUGUGCUUACCGCUAGAGCACACCGGAACGUGUAUAGAAACGUACCUCAACUGGUUGGUUUCUUGGUUCAGGCGAUCGUGCUGGGUGUGAUUAUCGGUGUCACCUAUUACAGGUUACCUGAAACUCCAACAGGUAUUCAGAGCUUAAAAAACUUGAGUUUCCAGUUGAUCCCAGGUGUUUUCUACUUGCAGCAAGUGUUUUGGAUAUAUAAGUUCUGUACCGAUUUGAUCAUUUUCGAUCGUGAACGAGAAGAUGUUACGCCAUAUAUUAUAUCGGACUUCAUCUCAUACCUAUUACCCAGUAUAUUGUCACCUACUAUCUAUGUUGUCUUAGUAUAUUUCAUUUCGAGGUUGAGAACGGAAGAUUUAGCUGCGAGGCUGUUCACGUCAAUCGCUUCGACCAUCUUGGUUCAAUUUGCUACUCAAGGAUUAUCUUUGGUCUCCGCAUCCCUUCUUAGAUCCUUCUCUGCUGCUUCCUUAGUUGGCAAUGCAUUCAACCUCUUUAUGAUUAUGAGUUCCGGUUUCAUUGUAACACAUGUUCCUGCCUAUGUCGCCUGGAUACGCUGGCUUAGUCCGUAUUUCUACUCUUUUCGUAUAAUCGCCACCACCCAAUUCAAGGACCGUGUAUUUGAUUGUCCUCAGGAUUCAGCCGCGAACCUCAAUCAGUGCGAUGGAAACAACGUUCUUAAUGGUCUAAAUUUUAAUGCAUCGAUCAACAUUGGUGCUUGGUUCGGAGGGUUAAUUGGUGUGACAGUGGCGGAAUAUGCGCUGGCCUGCUUCAUUUUAUGGAUAUAUACUGCCGGAGGUGUGAAACAUGCAUCCGAGAUAGAGAGUCAUAACCGAGGUAAAGGGACGGAUGUGAUGGAAAGUCACAUGACGAGAGACAAGAUCGAUGUAGCCGUCAAACACCUUACUUUGACAUGGGAGAGGAAAGGUCGAGGAGCUGUAAAAGAUAAGAGCAAGAUCAUCCUCAACGAUGUUUCCGUCAAUUUUCCAGUUGGAGAAAUAUCUGCCAUACUAGGACCAUCGGGUGCAGGAAAGUCAACAUUAUUACAACUUAUCGCCGGACGUUCUCUGAAUCCCGGUCCCUUAUCCCGAUUCUUUCAUUCCGGCUCUCUACUCUUCGCAGGCGAAGUGGCCUCUCAAGCUUCACAGUCCAAUGUGGCAUUUGUAGAGCAAGACGAUGACUGGCAUCUACCCUCUCUAACCGUCAGAGAAACGCUCACGUAUGCAGCUAUCCUUCGUUUACCGGAUAAGAUGCCUAGGAAACAGAAGAUCGCACGAGCGGAAACUGUUCUGAGGAUGUUGGGGCUGAAAGAUUGUGCGGAUUUACCGGUUGGUGGACAAUUGUUGAAAGGGAUUAGUGGAGGUGAGAAAAGAAGGUUAAGUUUGGCCGUUCAAAUGAUUAAUGAUCCGGCUGUGCUGGUUGUUGAUGAACCCACGUCGGGUUUAGAUGCAAGUAUCGCUUUAAGCGUCAUGCAGGUGCUGCGUGACAUCGCUGCUACUGGAAGGACAGUCAUAGCUACGAUUCAUCAACCUCGAAGUGAUAUAUGGAAGUUAGCAGACAAUGUCACGCUCUUAGCGAAAGGUGGGGUAGUAGCUUUCAACGGUAAACGAUCCGAGGCCGUUGAAUACUUUGGUUCUAUCGGACAUCCAAUGCCAUCCGAAUUGUUUAAUCCAGCGGAUCACUUGUUGGAUCUGGUAUCUGUCGAUCCCCGACCGCAGGGGUACGAAACCUCCUUAUCUCGAGUACGGAAUUUGACCUCCCGAUGGUCGUCUCAUGCCAACAAGGAGAACGGGGAGGAAUCGGAGCAAGGUAAAACGUCACAAGUACUAUCAAGAGGUGGAGGAACGACUUCUAUGAGAGUCGCCCUGCCAGUCGUGUUGGAACGUCAUUGGAAGAAUCUCUGGAGGAGGAAAGAUGUAUUCUUCAAUAGAUUGGUUCAGACACCUUUGCUGGGUGGGAUGUUCAUACUGUUCUUUCAAAGGUUGAAUCAUGGUCCAUCAGGUGCUCAGGAUCGGAUCGGUAUAACUAUCGAAUCCACCUCGGCAAUCGCUUUUGUCGGUCUGUUGAACGCUAUGGCGAUUUUUCCGGCGGAUAGAAACCUGUAUUUGCACGAAGCUCAAUCAAGUGCGAGAUAUUCACCGGCCACCUUUGUCAUUACCUACACUCUGGUUGAACUGGGCUUCGAGCUAGCUGGAGGCUUCGGAUAUGCUGCCAUCAUGAACAUCGGGGUGGGUAUGCAAACUUCCGUACGGAUAUACUUCGAGUUCGCGAUAACCAUCUGGGCAAUGGUCAACAUGGGUGAAAGUUUCGCUAUGAUCUUUGGUAGUUGGAUUCAGACCGAGGGAUUGACCGUAACCGUCGUUUCGACUAUUUUAUCAAUGAUUGGGCAAGUCAGUGGAGUGAUAUCACUGAGUGUACCAACCUGGCUGGCUGGGCUUGCUUGGGCAACUUGUGUGAAAGCUGCAACUCGAAUACAGAUUAUCAAUGAAUCAGUCGGACUAGUAUUCAAUUGUAGUCAAGAUGAGAUAACAUCGGGUGCUUGUGUAGCUCAAAGUGGAGAACAGUUGUUAGCUCUUUUCGGUUGGAAUGAUCUCAACACUGCUAGGUACAUGGGGAUCAUGGUUGCGAUCGCUGUAGCGUGGAGGAUAGUCGCUUGGCUGAACCUUGCUGGUAGAGUUGGCGGAUUACGAUGA